AUGGCCUGCGCCUCGGCCCAAGUCGUGUCGUCCUCGCAGCGCCUGCUCGGCGCGCAGGCCAUUCCGUCGUCUCUAUCGGAAAGCACGCACGUGACGCGUCACGCUGCUGUCAGCAUCUCGCAGCGCCGAGUCCGGCCGUGCCGAGCAGAAGCCGCAAAGGCCAACACCUCCGCAUCUGACGGCGACGUCUCGCGCCGCUCGCUGCUCAUCACCGCGCCCGCCGCUGCCGCCGCGCUGGGCCUCUCUCUCUCCCUCUCCCCGGCCGCGUUGGCGGCGCCGCGCACGGUCCUUCCGACGGAGAGCGAGGAGGAGCUGAAGCUGUGCACGGCCGAGUGCGAGGCGGCACUGGAAGAUAUCCCACUGCAGACGACCGCUUCGGGGCUGCAGUACCGGGACAUCGUGGUGGGGCGAGGGCCGUCCCCGCCCGUGGGCUUCCAGGUCGCAGCUGACUACGUUGCUAUGGUGCCGUCCGGGAAGAUCUUCGCCAGCUCUCUGGAGAAGAAAAUGCCCUACAUCUUCCGCGUUGGCUCAGGCCAGGUCGUAGCAGGACUGGACGAGGGUAUUCUCACCAUGAAGGUUGGGGGCCUGCGCCGGCUCUACAUCCCUGGAGAGCUGGCCUUCCCCAAGGGCCUUGCAUCGGCCCCUGGCCGUCCGCGUGUGUUGCCCAACGCCCCUGUGAUCUUUGACGUGAAGCUGGCAUACGUGCCCGGGCUGGAGGAGGACGAGGAGGAGUAA